AAACACCAGUGAUGCCAUAGAGCACCGAAACAAAAGUUCCUCAAACUGUUGCUCGUUUUGGGGGUGGUGCUAAUCAGCAAGAUUACGGGAGAGUACUAACCCUGAUUUUGUGAGCUAACGAGAGGGUGAGAAAGGCACGGUGCAAGGCGCCUCUCCGGCUCAAGGCACAGUGUCUGCCACAGAAAGAACCAAGCUCAACUGUUGCCACCAUGCACAAUAGCUUGUGGAGUGGUCUUAUCUUAGCUAGCUGCUCUCCAGCAUCCAGGAGUUAAAAGACUAGACGAGCCUCCGCACACACUCCACAUCGGAGUUGCUCUGUUGGGCACCGAGUCCAUCUCAAGAUGAAGAAAGGUGCCCUCGCUCUCUUCCUCCUCCUCCUCGCCGUCGCUUCCCAUGGCACAUGGUGUGAGGCAGCUCCGAGAAGGGCCAUGGCUGGUGCAGCUCUCCAGCCCCAUGAAAUCCAAGGCCAGAGGCUCCUGGAGAUGUCGAGAGCCAGGAAGCUUGGGCACACGGGAGGCCGCGGCUCCGGUGGUGGAGCGAGCGGUGCCGGGAGGCACACCGGUACCGGUGGCGGCGCGGUGAACACGAGGCCGCACAACACCAAGAACGGCGGCGCUGUGGCGCUGCCGGCUCUGGUGACCUCCGCUCUGGCACUGGUUUUCACCACUGUCAUUCUUCUCUCGGCGCUCAGCUUCUAAAGUACAGUACUGAUCUUGUUGCGGGUGGUAGUGCUAGUAUCUGUGUAGUGCUGCAGUUUCAGAAAUUGUUUGCCUAUAAUGUUUGUCGAUAUCGUGCUGAUAUGUUGUUUACUGGCUAGUAUUUAUCCUUUCUGUGUGCUUAGUAAGUUCUUGAAUUACCAAGCUAUGUUUAGUCAGAUUGUACCGGAUUAUCGUCCUAUAACAGUCAAUAUAAGUAUGUACACCAAGGAAUCGUCAGUAUUGUACUGAUCAAUUGGAAUUCAGACAUUGCAUAUACUGAAAUGACA